GCUGUGACCCGUGGGGCCAUGCUGUGACCCGUGGGCUUCUCUGGGGUGUGCCCAAGCAGAUGGCGCUCCAGCUUCGCGCGUCCCCCGCCGCCCAAGGCUGCCGAGGCAGGCGGUUUCCUGGAACCGGAUCCUCGGCCUCGACAGAGCCGCCUCUGCCAUCGCCGCCUGUAGCCAUGGACCUGCGAGCGGAGCUGCUCAAGUCCAUCUGGUACGCCUUCACCGCCCUGGAUGUGGAGAAGAGCGGCAAGGUCUCCAAAUCCCAGCUCAAAGUGCUGUCUCACAACCUGUACACGGUGCUGUGCAUCCCCCACGACCCCGUGGCGCUGGAAGAGCAUUUCCGCGAUGACGACGACGGGCCGGUGUCCAGCCAGGGUUACAUGCCGUACCUCAACAAGUACAUCCUGGACAAGGUGGAGGAAGGUGCUUUUGUCAAAGAAAACUUUGAUGAGCUCUGCUGGACCCUGACGGCGAAGAAGAAUUACAAGCCUGACCGCAAUGGGAAUAGCGUUAUAUCCCACCAAGAUGCCUUCAGGCUCUGGUGUCUCUUCAACUUUCUGUCUGAAGACAAAUACCCUCUCGUCAUGGUGCCAGAUGAGGUGGAGUACCUGCUGAAGAAGAUCUGCACAGCCAUGAACGUGGAGCUGAACUCUGGCGAGCUGGAUGACUACCUCUCCCAGGAGCCGCAGGGGCAGGGGGGGCUGACGGUCUGGCAGUUCCUGGACAUGGUGAACUCGGGGCGGUUCCUGCGCGGCAUUGAGCAGGAGGCCGUCAGCAUGGCCGUGGAGGAGGUGUACCAGGAGGUCAUUGAGGACGUGCUCAAACAGGGCUACCUCUGGAAGAAGGGCCAGCUGAGGAGGAACUGGUCGGAGCGGUGGUUCACGCUCAAGCCCAGUGUCCUGUCCUACUACAUGAGCGAGGAGCGGAAGGAGAAGAAGGGGAGCAUCGCGCUGGACAAGCACUGCUGCGUGGAGGUGCUCCCCGACCGAGAUGGGAAGAGGUGCAUGUUCUGCGUGAAGACCUCCUCCCGCACCUACGAGAUGAGCGCCUCCGACACCCGGCAGCGCCAGGAGUGGACCCUAGCCAUCCAGACGGCCAUCCGGCUGCAGGCUGAGGGCAAGAAGUCCCUGCACAAAGACCUGAAGCAGAAGCGCCGGGAGCAGCGGGAGCAACGGGAGCAGCGCAAGGCGGCCAAGGAGGAGGAGACGCAGCGGCUCAAGCAACUCCAGGAGGAGAAGGAGAGGAAGCUGCAGGAGCUGGAGCUGCUGAAGGAGGCCCAGCGGCAGGCAGAGAUACUCCUGCAGGAGGAGGAGCAGCGGCGGAGGCAGCAGCAUGAGGAGAUGCAGAGGACCCUGGAGAUCCAGCUGCAGGAGGCUGAGCAGGCUCGCGCCUCCAUGCAGGCAGAGAUGGUCCUGAAGGAAGCAGAGGCAGAGCGGCAGCGCAAGCGCAUCCUGGAGCUGGAAGACAUGCAGGAGCGUCUCCAGGAAGCCCUGCAGCAGGAGGUGAAAGCACGGCAGGACGAGGAGUCCGUGAGAUACGCACAGGCCAGGCUACUGGCUGAGGAAGAGGAGAAGCUGAAGCAGCUGAUGAAGCUGAAGGAGGAGCAAGAGGAGUAUAUCAUCAAAACUCAGCGGGAGAAGCAAGUCCUCAAGCAGGAGAUGGAGAACAAGAACAAGUGUCUAGAAGAGGCACAGAAGCAGCUGGAAGAAGUGAGAGUGAACAGGCAGCGGGUGGACCAAGACGUCAUGGCAGCCCAGCGGAAGCUGCGACAGGCCAGCACCAACGUCAAGCACUGGAACGUCCAGAUGAACCGGCUGAUGCACCCCAUCGGGCCUGGAGACAAGCGUACAAACGUGAGCGCAGGAGGCUUUGCUGGCUACCAACCCUUCCUCUCCCAGAGGGAUUCUUCUCUCAAGCUCAAGCAGAAAGUGGAGGAUAAAGGCAGCGACCCCACAACGGACAACGGCAAGGAAAACGUGAGCAACGGUGGGAACAGUGGCGUGCCACCACCUCCGGAUGCGGACCCCAUGGCCACAGAGCCCACCAACUAGCCCCACGGGAUGGCAGAGCCCAGCGGGGAACUGCGGGGGCCCAGCACGUCCCUCUGAGCGGACACGGUCAAUAUGGCCAUCUCUGGACGGAGACAAGUGGGGACCGGCACAGAGCCUGUAGAUGACUACAUAGAAGGCAGAGAUGCUCCCAUUUUCUUCAGGGAAGGGCCGCAGCUGCACACCAGGGGGUUCAGCCAGCCCACCGCUGGGGAGAAGGCGGCGGGGCCAUCUCCUCUGGUCUCCCCACAUGUGGGUCUGGACCGCGUGGCCGAGGGCUGCGGUUCCCUUUUGGUUUCUACCAGCAGGCCCUUCUGCAUCGCCGGCUGCGCCCUUGGGUGCGUGGCAAGCCUUGGCAGACAGAGCGGUGCCUCCUCACCACCCCCACAGAAAGGCUGGGGUGUCCUUAGCUAACACGUGCAUUCCUUGAAGGUGGUUGUUAAUCACUGGGGUCACGUAGAUGUUAGCAGAAACCAACAAGCAAUAAAGCUUUUGGAGCUGCUGGCCCCCAGAGACCUCCUUCCCCACGCAUCUGUGGCCCUGCAGGCCCUGCCCUCCCUCCCUGGCAGUGUGGGGGUUUGAUUCCCACUGUGGGAAACAGCCCGUUAAAAGAAAUCAGACACCAGCCAUGGAAAGAGGCUCCACCAGUGGGUUUUGGGUUGGUCUGCGGAGGCCCAAGGGGGACACAGAUGCUGGUGAGCUGGCCAUAGACGAUGAGCUCCUCUCCGGGGGGCAGCGGUAACAUCUGGGAGGGCCAACAGCUCUGUAUGAUUAAGUGCUUGUACAGGAAGGUAACAGUGCUCAGGGCUUCAUUUAGGUCUUUGCCCUUGGACUGCAGGACCCCCGGUUUCAGGAGUCCUGGCUCAGGGUCUGGUCCAAGCCCGCAGAAGGCAACGGCAAAGACUCCCAGGGGCCAUCCGAACCAGGAGCCAGUGGAUGCGGCAGCUCUCUCCCGUAACGCUGGCCUUGGCCUGGCUCCUCCAGCUAAUUUGCUCCCAAAAAACCUGAGAACAAAAGCCAAGUCUGUUGGCAAACCUCCCCAAACAAAACAAAGCAAAGCAACACGUGCUGACACCGGGGUUAGUUUGUCCAAGUACCUCUGUUUCAAUACAGUCCCGUUCACCGGUGA